UUUUUUAAUUUUCUUUUUUGCAAACCUCAGCUCUCACCUCUUCGGCUCUUCCUCGUUCCACCCUUCUUCUCCCGUUUUUCGCUUUUCACUCUUUUACUCUCUCUCACUCGAUUAGGGUUAGGGUCUUAUGCAAUUCCCCCAAAUUCACUUCUCUUCUCUUCUUUUCCCUCUCUGUAAUGCUUCUUAAUCCUCAGUUUUGACCUCAGACUCGCCAAUGUACGGUCAUUCCCAGCCUAUGAACGUUCAUCAUCAGAUCGCUGCCCCCGCCGCCGAUGACGAAGACGGUGCUGCUGCUGACUCUAUCGACCAUCACCAUAUUCGUUAUGAAGACGGAAACGCUGCUGGUGUUGUCGUGGAGGAUGUAUCUCAUGAUUCAGUAUACGUUCCUGGUAGUGGUACUGGCUCCGAGCUCGCUAUUCAGCGAAGCGAUGUCUCCAGCCAACUCACAUUGACGUUUCGCGGUCAAGUUUAUGUGUUCGAUGCUGUUACUCCUGAUAAGGUUCAAGCAGUGCUAUUACUAUUGGGUGGAUGUGAACUAACUUCAGGUCCGCAUGGUCUAGAAGUAGCACCUCAAAACCAAAGGGGUGCAGUGGUGGAGUAUCCAGGACGAUGUACUCAACCCCAGAGAGCAGCCUCAUUAAAUAGGUUCAGGCAGAAGAGGAAAGAGCGGUGCUUUGAUAAGAAAGUUAGAUACAGCGUACGCCAAGAGGUUGCACUCAGGAUGCAGCGUAAUAAGGGUCAAUUUACUUCUUCCAAGAAGUCAGAUGGAGCAUAUGGUUGGGCUGGUGGUCAGGAUUCAGGACAAGAUGACAGCCAGCAAGAAACCUCGUGUACACAUUGUGGCAUUAGUUCAAAAUCAACCCCAAUGAUGCGGCGUGGUCCGUCAGGCCCAAGGUCACUUUGUAAUGCCUGUGGGCUUUUUUGGGCAAACAGGGGGACUUUAAGAGAUCUAUCCAAGAAAACCCUGGAACAUUCAGCGACUCCAAUUGAACAGGGUGAAGCUGAAGCAAAUGACUCGGACUCUGGAAAUGCCAUGCAGACACAUAACAAUCUUCUUACUUACUAAAUUGGUGAUGAUUCAGCUUUAAUAGCAAGGCGAUAAGUUUCGAAGCUUUGUUUCAAGAAUGGCCACAGCAGCAGUUGGCACCGACUCAAGUUGAAGGUUUUCUAGUAAUUUCUUUCAGCUUGUUCUCUGUAAUGUACAGAUAUUAUAGUGUCAUCAUUAAUACAUGAGGUUGUCUUCCUUCCUUAGGUACUUUACAUGAGAUUACCUCUUGGGGAUUUUAUGCCAGGUGUAUCACAUAAAGCUUCGCUGAUUUAUCAUUGGAAAUUUUAUAUCCCAAAUUUUUUUAAUA